UUUUCGGAGGUCCUGCUUGCGGCUGACUGUAGUGAUUAUAAUAUUCCAAACAACGUGUUUCUUGCAUGUUAUCUGCGUUUUGUGCUCGCCGUUGAGCUUGUGCCUCCCUCAGUAGCGGACUUUAAACGAACCCAUGAGAUCGACUCUCAGAACGUUUCUUAGUUCGAUACAUCUUGGUUCCCGACCACCAAACAGUUCAUCUACCUUUCAGGCCACUGACCGUACCAUGGUCACUCAAGGUGUCGGUUCUAUCAGUUCUCCCAUCGUCAUCUCAGACGAUGAGGACGAAGCUAUGAUAGACCUCCAGCUGCGAGUUGAUUCGGAUUCUGUGGACAGUGACCAGAAUGAUCGACCGCGUACUCCACCAGAUGGUAAUUCAGAGGAGCUUUCCACGGCGAGCAAGGGCUACGCUAUGGCCCUGAAUAUGGGCUAUCGCCCAGGCCGCGGUCUAGGACGCGGCCUCGACGGUGAGUGCCGUUGUAGCGUGCGUCCUUCACUCACCCAGAUAGUCUUCGCUCUAGGUCGAGUGGAACCUGUGUGUCUUGAGGUUGGUCAGAAACGCAAACGGGUGGACAGUGGUAUUGGAUUUCAGCGAUCCCAGCAUUACGCGACUGGCUGGCCACCGAGCAAAGGUGAUAGUAAGCUAAACAAGAAAUGGAGAAAAGAACAGCAUACGUUUGGAGCUCCUCAGCGAGGUUUCAGGUCCCAGCAGCAUUGUGCGUUGCAACCCAAAUCGCUCGUCACCCCCGACCGGCCCUGCGAAUAUCAGCCAAGGGCCUUGGGCAGCGCUCGCUUCAAGUAGGAAAGGCAAAGAACGGGAACGCCUUACCGCCCCGUUGCCUCCGAAGCCAUCACAAAGCCCGGUGCGGCUGCCUGCACUUCCUCAAGGUCCUAGGUCGAACCUUCCGUACAGUCCUCCAUUGCC